CUGGAAAUCUCGAUGGCGCAAUUCAAUUAUUUGAUAGCCUUAAUGAAUUUGACAUCAAAAAAGAUGUUUAUACCUAUAAUUGCAUGAUUCAUGUAUACGUGUUGAAACAUGACAUGAAAAAAGCGAUAGAAUAUUAUGAAGAAAUGAUAUCGAAUGGAAUAGAAGCAGAUUCAGUAACUUACUUGACAUUAAUAGAUGGAUUCGGAAAACAAAAGGAUACAAAAAAAGCACUGGAAUUUUAUAAUAAGAUGAUAUCAUCUCAUAAACAACCAACGACAAAGAUUGUCUCAUCUCUUCUAAAUACAUUUAUGAGAGAAAACCAAAUGGAACAAGCAGAACAAAUAUUUGAAGCAAUGAAAUCGCUUAAAAUGCAACCUGAUAUUAGAUUAUAUAAUACUCUAAUACGUAAUUCAAUAAUUAAAUUGGACAUGAAAACCGCAAAUCAACUUUAUCAUGAAAUUAUAAAAUUCGGAAUAAAACCAGAUGUUUACACAUUUGCAAUGAUGAUUGAUGGAUACUUAAAAAUCGGAGAUCAAGAAAGUGCAACAAAGAUUUAUUCAUACAUGAUAAAUCAUGGAGUAGAUAUUAAUUCAACGGUGAUUAAUAUUUUGAUGCAAUUACAUUUUGAAAAAAAUGAGUCACAAAUGGUUCAAAAUAUUUUUGAUAAUCAUUUUUCAAGACAUUCAUAUUAUAAUGGAAUGUUACCAGAUAUUAAAUCCUGGACAAUUUUUUUGAAAUCAAGAUUACAACUUACAAAAGAUAUUGAAGAAGCUUACGAUAUAUAUAAAGAAUUCUUAAUGCAAAUUGAUAAUAAAGAUUUAAAUUUUCAACUUUUACCAGAUUGUCAUGUUUUUAAUCUUUUCCUUACAAUAUUUGCCCAUAAUUAUGGAAAUAUGACACUUUCUCAAGAAGUUUAUGGUGAAAUGACUAGAAGAAAUAUUUCACCUGAUGUUGUAACUCAUACUAUAUUAAUUGAAGGUUAUGCUUUAUUGGGUCAAGUUGAAAAAGCGAAUAGACAAUUUCAAAUUAUGAAAUCUAAUAAUAUUAAACCUAAUGUAUUUACUUAUACAAGUUUAAUCAAAGCUUGGGCACAAGUUUGGAGAAUUGACAAAAUUAAACAAAUUUAUAAAGAAAUGAUUGAAUCCGGUAUAAAACCUCAUAGAGCAACUUAUCGUGUAUUAGCUUCUAUAACAAAUUCAAAAUUUGAUACCUCCCAAAAAAGUUCAUCAAAUUUACCUAUAUCAAGAACACCACAACAUAUUAGAGAUACGACAAAAUUACAUGAUAAACUUGAAAAAGUUCGAGAUUCUGAAACUGCUUAUACUCUUUUUGAAAAUUUUUUAAAAAAAUUUGAUGAUACGAAUUAUCUUGACUAUAAUUCACGACCAAAUAUUUAUUCUUUUACCUUAUUUAUGACAAGUUUUGUAUUUUAUCAUAGAAAUAUGAAACUUGCCCUUAAAGUUUUUGAAGAAAUGUUAAAAAGAAAUAUUUCAGCUAGUUGCUAUUGUUAUAAUGUUUUGAUUGAAGGAUUUGCUAGAUCAAACGAACCAUUUAAAGCUGAAAAAAUGUUUUAUACUAUGAUAAAUAAUAAUAUAAAACCAGAUGUUAGUUCUUUUAAUAGUUUAAUAUCUGCUUGGAUAACGGUCG